AUGAACGGCGAGGGUGGGUACCUGCAAAGGCACUCCGACGCUCAAAUAUAUUCCAAGCAGAUGGAUCCAGUCCGUCUAUGGUUUGGCGAUAAGAGAAGAGUGGCAUGCGGGCCGGCAGGCUACAGGUGGGAGUGGGACGGUCUCAAUUGUACUCCUCAUCUAAAUGAAUCCCCUAGGAUUAUUGCCUUGAAUUUAUCUUCUAGUGGAUUUACGGGAGCUAUAGAUCCUUUUUUUUCACACCUCACUGUGCUAGAAAAGUUGGAUUUAUCAAACAACGACUUGAAUGGCCAAGUUCCGGAGUUUCUCUCUCAAUUACGAAACUUAAAGAUCUUGAACUUGGCGGGCAAUAACCUCGGUGGUUCAUUACCAUCAACACUACUUGAGAAAUCUAACGAAGUAGAAAAGACUCCAAAGGAGAUCAAGCAAGACCAUGAUGUAUCACUCAAGUUCAAGAAUAAAAUCUAUUCAUACUCUGAUAUCCUUAAAAUCACCAACAACUUCUGUCAAAUCCUUGGUAAAGGUGGAUUUGGAACAGUUUAUAUGGGAUAUGUUGAUGAUGCUCCAGUUGCAGUGAAGAUGCUUUCUCAAUCCUCAGUUCAAGAAAAAAGAACUAUUAAUUGGACUAUUGUAUAUAGCGCAAUGGCUUAUGUGUCACAAAGCUCUAAUGAAAGACCAAUCAUGAGUGAGGUAUUGAUUGAACUCAAGAACGCUUUGGCAAUGGAAUUAAGUCGAAUAAAAUAUGGUGGUGGUGGCAACAAAAGUAAUGGAGAUUCAUCGGUUGAACUAGUCUUUGUGAAUGUACAAAAUGAAGAGCUUGAUUGUCUAGGAUAA